UCUCUCCAUCUGCAGCUCCAGAUAAACACGGCCGAACUCGGGGCAGUGAUCGAAAUAAUCCACCGCUAGCUGCCACACACACACACACACACACACACACACAGAGCAGAGCCAGGUGUACACAUCACAUGGAGGUAAAGCACAGUGUCGAGUGUGUAAUGUGAAGAUGGAUGUCUCACCUGUGAUGAGAGAAGAGUCCAGAGGCGUACUCCAGCACCAGGAACUCCCUCAGGUGCUUGGGGUUUACAUUAUGACACCUGAAGCGUGUGAUGGUCGACAGGAGUUUGUUGUUAUUUACUGUGACUGCAGGUUUGUGAUCUCUGCUGCUGAGCUCAUCUACAUUCCACCAUUUUAGGUAAAAUGCUUUCUUUAAAGAGUAGAAAUGGACAACUAUCAGACCCUGAAGGUGUGUGCCAACUUCUAAAUUAUACAAGCAUUUUUAAAUUGUUUAAAUAUUGUUAUUAUGAUGUUAUAAAUAUUUGCCCCCCCCAAAACAAAAAGUUUUCAUUUCUUUUAAAAAUUAUUCUAUGAAAUUCAAAUUCUCAAAAAAAACAAAAAAAAAAACAAAAACAAAGUGAUACUAAUAACAAGGAACGUUAUUUAUAAAGCACCUUUCAUACAUUUCUAAUGCAGCUCAAAGUGUUUUACUGUCUGAUGUAAAAAAAAAAAAAAAAAAAAAGUUGGCCAAAAAUAAAACAGUCAAAUAGAUUAUUACAAAAAAAUGCAGUAAAUAAGAGCAGUGACAGUAUGUAGAUUUAAUAUUAAAUUAAUAUCUAAUUUUUAAAAAAGUGCAAAAAAUCAUUUAAAUAAUCUAAAAGUAAUAGGCCAGUACAAAUCUGUAAUUAGUAAUGACAAAUACUUUGCUAAAUGCUAAAGUGAGGAAAAGCAAGUUAUUAAGUUUCAGAGGUGGAAUGUAGAAAGACUAGAGCUAGAUGAUGUAUAUGCUUUAAUAGUGUCAUUUAAGUAAUCAAAACGUUUUUAUAAGUGUUAAAACAGUGCUUAGUGCAAUCGCACUGAUACAGCAAGAUGAGCAAGAACAAAUCAGCAGUAAAUGUCCCGCCAACAACGACAACCAGCACAGCUAGCAAAUUAGCAACGAUGGCUAGCGCAGGGAAAUGUGAAGAAAUCCCUGCAGAUAACGACGGAGUCUCUAUGAGCCAGCUAGUAACGGAGUUAACAAAGCAACGAGCUUCGAUAAAAGAAGAAUCUCAGCUCUGAUUCAAGAGGCCAUGGUGCCGCUUCAGACAUCGGUGAACGCUUUAACAGAGACAUUGGCUAGUUUUCAGUCCCGCCUGUGCGCCACAGAGACACUCGCGAGCGGGAAGUUUUCGGAAAAAGCUAUCAAAACUCUUCAAGAGCAAAACGCGACGCUUAUGGAUGGAGUUGAUGACUUGGAAAACCGGUCACGGAGAGCAAAUCUCCGGAUUUUAAACGUUCCAGAGAGAAACAGCGAGAAAGGCCAGUCUACUGUCAAGCUCGUGUCCGAGAUGCUAAUGGAAGUCGUGGGUCAGGAAGGUUUUGAAAAGCCUCCCGAGCUAGAACGAGGACACCGAUCACUGGGUCCAAAACCACAGGAAGGUCGAGCUCCCCGGCCACUGGCUCUAUGUUCUCACACAUUGCAGGAGAAGGAGAAAGCGCUAAGAUGGGCCAGACAGAAUGAGGCAAAAUACAAGGGCUCGACUUUGAGAAUCUAUUCAGACAUCUCCGCCGAUCUCGCCAGAAAGCGCGCCACAUUUAAAAACGGCAAACAGCUGCUGUAUCAGAAGAAUGUGCGAUUCCAGUUGCUUCAUCCAGCACGACUACGAGUUCAUCAUGAGGACGAGACAUUCCUCUUCAAUACGCCUGAGGAAGCUCAGCAGUUUUACUCAGCGGAUUGCUACACGUGAAUAACUCCUGGUAUCAUUGCAACCAUAUUGUGAAUUACAGAAGAGACAUGUUGACUUUUAGGCAGGCCUGAGACACCAUGAUAACUGGAAAAGCCUUUUCAGGACACCCCUGUUUCUAAGUGCACUUUCUGUUUUAGAGGGGUUUAUAGGUUUUUCUCUGUGUUGAUAAACGCAAUGCCUUAUUUUUUUAUAAUUCAUUGGUUAUAUUAUUGAUCCUAGAUCCUGAAUAUUAGGUCUAACUUCAAGCAAUAGGUGUCACGGUUCAUGGGUUCAUCAGCCUCUUCUGGCUGUUCUGUGUACCACCGUUGAUUAGUUCACUAGUUUCAGCUGCUACUGAUUUACUGAUCUAUUUAAGCCUCAGUGUUUGUCUUGUCUUUGUCAGAUGGUUGUUUCAUGUCUGUGUUCUGUGCAGCACCUGUGGUUAGCUCUGUUUCCUGGUUCCCUGCUCUCUGGUGGAUUACUGUCGUUCAGUUUUGGAUUAUUGGACUGUUUAUCUUCCGUUGCAGCCAAGUGCUACCGAGGAAGCCUGCCCUCUCCGCACCCACGACUUCCCGUCCACAGUAACCCUGUUUGUCCAGUUCACACCACUUCACUUAAUAAAGCAUCACUUGAAC